CCACAUUGUGCGGAGCUGCUUCAUCAGAUCCUCCAGCAGGAGCAUCUUUAGUGCAAGAGCAGCAACUAUUAGGCUAAUCUAAGUGGUGAAGUCCCGGUCCAGACAGCGGUGUGAGAACUGAUCAGGGACCUGCAGGCUCCAGGGAAGAUGCAUCUUCCAACGCGACCCAGAAACAUGAGAAUGCUGCGCUACGCCUCCGUGUAUCUUCUCCUCUGCCUCCUUCAUCAGACAAAUGCACUGAUAACAUGUGCAACCCACCAGUUCCAGUGUGGGAAUGGAAAAUGCAUCACACUGAGAUGGGUGUGUGAUGGCACAGACGACUGUGGAGAUGGCACAGAUGAACUUCCCGGUACCUGCUUGGCCAGAACGUGUAAACCGACAGAGUUCAGCUGCGCAGGCCGACUUAACCAGUGUAUACCCAACACUUGGCGCUGUGAUGGAAAAGCUGACUGUGAGAAUGGAGCUGAUGAGGAGACCUGUGCUGCAAAGCAGUGCACAGACUCUGAGUUUCGCUGCAGGAACGGCCAGUGUGUUUCAUCCUCUUUCGUGUGUGACGAUGAAGCGGACUGUGACGACGGCAGCGACGAGGUCUCCUGCCCACCCAUCACCUGCAGCGCUGCAUCUUUCCAGUGCAACAACACUGUUUGUGUUCCUCGCCUGUGGGCCUGCGAUGGCGAUCUUGAUUGUCUCGAUGGCUCAGACGAGUGGCCUGAGAGCUGUGGCUCGAAGAGCCCCGCCUCUCCUCCGGUUCACCAGUGCAGCUCCCUGGAGUUCCACUGUGGAAGCGGAGAGUGCAUCCAUGGUAGCUGGAAGUGUGAUGGAGACCCUGAUUGCCUUGAUCAAUCUGAUGAAGCUGGCUGUUCUCGUUCCACCUGCCGUCCUGAUGAGUUUGAAUGUGGUGAUGGCACCUGUAUUCAUGGCAGUCGCCAGUGCAACCAUCAGUACGACUGCAGAGACAUGAGUGAUGAAUCUGGCUGUGUCAAUGCAACUCACUGCGAGGGCCCAAAUAGGUUUAAGUGCCGCAGUGGGGAGUGUAUAAGCAUGGAAAAAGUGUGUGAUAGGAGGCGUGAUUGCAGGGAUUGGUCGGAUGAGCCUCUUCGGCACUGUGGCUCCAAUGAGUGCCUGUACAAUAAAGGUGGCUGCUCACACAUAUGUAAGGACCUGAAGAUUGGUUAUGAGUGUUUGUGUCCAACUGGAUUCAGGCUAAUCGAUGAUAAACGCUGUGAAGAUAUUGAUGAAUGUGCCAACCCAGAUACCUGCAGUCAAAUCUGUAUUAAUCAGAUAGGCAGCUACAAAUGUGAGUGUGAGGAGGGUUACCAGGUUGAUCCAGCAACCAAGGCUUGCAAGGCCAUCGGUACAAUUGCCUACCUUUUCUUCACCAACCGCCACGAAGUCAGAAAGAUGACUUUGGACAAAAGUGAAUACACAAGAGUAAUCCCUCGUCUAAAGAACGUGGUGGCCCUCGACAUGAACAUGGCCGCCAAAGAGAUCUACUGGUCUGACAUUUCCCAGAAGAAAAUAUACAGAACUUCGAUGGACUCGGCUGAUGACAGCUCUCAUCACCACAUAGUGAUCGGUAAUGACGUUGAUGCUCCUGAAGGAAUUGCCUUCGACUGGAUCCAUGGCAAUCUCUACUGGACUGACAGCAUUCGCAGCACUAUCUCUGUGGUAACCUCUGAUGGCAGCCGACGUAAAACUCUCUUCCAUCAAGAUUUAUUAAAACCCCGAGCAAUUGUGGUCGACCCUCACAGCAACUUCAUCUACUGGACUGACUGGGGGAAUCCGGCUAAGAUUGAAAAAGCAGGUCUUAAUGGAGGAGACCGAACUGCUCUGGUCACUGACAACAUUGUGUGGCCUAAUGGCAUCACACUUGACCUGCUGAACCAGCGGCUCUACUGGGUGGACUCUAAACUGCAUACUCUCUCCAGUAUCGAUGUCCAGGGCGGUAGUCGUCGCACUCUCAUCAUUGAUGAGCACAAAUUGGCUCACCCACUGGGUCUCACUGUUUUUGAGGAAAGAGUGUUCUGGACAGAUGUCAGUAACAAUGCCAUCCUCAGUGCAAGCAGGCUAACUGGUGAUGACAUUGCACCGGUGGCAGAGCACCUAUCAUCACCAGAGGACAUCAUUCUCUACCACAACCUUAAGCAACCUGCUGGAAGGGACUGGUGUCGGGUUGCUAACAGCAGCUGCGAAUUCAUGUGUCUUGGUGCUCCUCAAGUGGGCAGCCAUCCCCCCAAAUAUACCUGCGUCUGUCCAGAUAACAUGAUGCUAGCCAGGGAUAUGAGAUCAUGUGUACCAGUUGUGCCAACAACUCCAGCUCCUGCACAGACUCAAGCUCCAACCACCAGUCCUCCUCGUCUGCCACCAGUGCCACUCAGAACCACACCAAAGACCACAAUGAAGCCUCAGGUCCGCACCACCACCAAGCCUAUUAUAAUCACCAGCACCGUCACCAAGCCAGUACAACGGUCCACCAAACCUCCAAUCAGGACCACCACACCUUUACCAAAGAUGGCGUCACCUCAGCCAGAGAUGCCUAAAAUCCUUCACACCACUGCCGAGGCUCCGGUCACCUCUCCAGAUGCUCCACAUCAAGUUGAUGCUGCUGUACCCAAUACUGGCACCACCCCUGGAGUAGCUCUUUACUUUGUCCUACCUUUGGCUAUCAUUUGUCUGGUGGCUGUUGGUGGAUUGCUGCUAUGGAGAAACUACAGGCGGAAGAACACCAACACGAUUCACUUUGAUAACCCUGUUUAUCAGAAAACCACCGAGGACCAGGUGCACAUUUGGAGAAGCCAUAGCCCUGAUGGUUACACCUACCCAAAGAAACAAAUCGUCCGUUUGGAUGAAGAGGCAGACAAUCCAGCCUUUAGUGAAAACUGAGGAAUGUCGGGCAAAGUGGAGAUAGGAGCCUACAUUCAAAGUCCUCUAGCAUUUUUACCUCAAGCAGUACAAAGAUAUGGAUGUCCCAACCUUUAACCACUGUAUCCUCACAGACAAACAAGUGCUCUACAAUGGAAAAAAGAGCACAAACAGACUUUUUUCAUUUCCAAAGCUAACAAAUCCUUUAGUUAAAGGAUUUUUCAGGUGGUUCAACUUUUGAUUUUGAUGGUACAACUGGAGAAACGUGUCAUUGUUUAAGCUACAUUUUGUCUUGCUUUCUGAUGUAACAAUACAUUCAUUGCAACUUCUGAAUGGUCAAAUUUGUGUCAGGCAAACUUCUGACAUUUUGUAAAUAUCCUUUCAGGAGAAAGUGGUAAACUGUCAAUGGAGCAUUAUUAUCUUGCACUAUUUAUGCUUGAAAAUAAGUAAGAUAAACUUUAAUUAUCCAGCAAGGGGGUUUGUUACUUUAACUGCAGCUGUCAACUCUUUGUAGAGUUUUGUUAAGCAAAUCAGCUGACUGUAGAAUUACAGUAAUUGAUCCAACCAAAAUGUCAAAUUUUACCUUAACGUUCACCGUACCAUAAGUCAUGCAUGAGGCGGUUUAAUCACUGUGACCUCAUUCUGUCCCAUAAUAAUACGUAGUUUUACACCAGCUACUGUUUCAGUCCAAAAGGAUUCAACCUUGCUGCUGCAGUUAACCUUAAAAAACAAACAACAAAUAAACACAGCGUAUGACUUAUUUCCUGUUAUUAUACUUUGUGUGUAGUUUCUCUUGAGGGUUUCCGGAUACUCCUCUAGUUCCAGAUUGGUGAUUUGUGAUCAGCUUUCUGUGAACUGGACACCAUCUUUAAAUUUUCCACAGCCGCUUUUUAGGGGCACCACAUUCCUGGAAGGCCAAAAACCUUCGAUGCAGCCAUGUGUGACCAGUAGGGCC